AUGCGGCGGCGCGCUGCCCUCAAAGAAGCCGAAAAGCCCCACAGCGCGCGCGCUGCCGGCGCGGGUGGCAGCUCGAGCACGAUGCUGCGUCUGAACACGGACGACAACAAGGGACUGAGCGUCGACCCUGUCGUGGUGCUUGUCCUGUCGGUCGCCUUUGUCUUUAGCGUGGUGCUGCUGCAUAUCCUGGGCAAGGUCGUGCGCUACUUUUCCAAGUAA